AAGAAAAAGUAAAAAUAAAGAAAACCCAGAGGGGAAAGGAAAAAUUGGUGUUCCAAACAGGGCGUAUACGAGGAGAAGUUUCCGGCUUAAAACCCUAAAAAAUUAGCCGAUAACCGUUUCUUUUCUUGAUCAUUCCUCACGCGGAAGCGAGGUUAGAUUGCGAAUUAGAAAUUUGAACUGGUGAAGAAAAUUAAUGGAAGAGCCUGGAAGUCAUGGUGCCUCUCCGGCAUCGCCGUUAGCUAAGUGGAAAAAUGACUUUUCGAGGCUGUUUAGAUAUUAUUUGGAUAGAUCUGCUCCUCACAUAGUCAACAGGUGGCUUGGAACACUUGUUGCUGCUGCAAUCUAUAUCUUGCGUGUUUAUUAUGUCCGUGGGUUCUAUGUUAUCUCAUAUGGCUUGGGAAUCUAUAUGUUGAAUUUGUUGAUCGGGUUUAUGUCUCCAAAGGUUGAUCCUGAGCUAGAAAUGUUGGAUGGGGCAUCUUUACCUAGUAGGGAAUCUGAUGAGUUUAGACCUUUUGUUCGUCGCCUACCUGAAUUCAAGUUCUGGUAUGCCACUACGAAAGCUUUUUGUGUUGCCUUCCUAAUGACCUUCUUGUCCAUAUUCGAUGUCCCGGUAUUCUGGCCUAUAUUAUUCUUCUACUGGGCUUUCCUGUUCUUCCUCACCAUGAAGAGGCAAAUCACCCAUAUGUUCAGAUAUAGAUACAUACCGUUCACCUUUGGGAAGAAGCGGUAUACUGGGAAGAGGCCUGCAGGAAAUACCCGAGAUUCACACAGAGACUGAGUUGGACUUUGGAUGCGAGAAGCAGGCUGUUCAUCCAUCAAGAAAUGCUUUCGUGAACAUUUGAUUCUAACCCGUGUUAUAUAUAUGUUUGUACUAAGCUGAACCAAAUAAUUUACACGACUUGAUAGUAUUCUCCGUAGAUUUUUAUGCUAGAGAGAAUGCUUGGUGCUGCUCAUUUUUUGGAGUCUUGAUGGAUGAACAUUGUGUGUUACUUAAAAUAUAAAAAUGGAUACUGACAUAAUCACUC